UGAAAGCAGUUCCCCUGGAGACCGCUGCUGCACCGGCGUGCUAUGGAGCCGAGGCUAGUCAAGCCGCCUGGACAAGAUUUAGUUGUUGAGCGUCUCAAAAGCCAGUACGGACUUAGGGGCAACUGUUCCAGCGAGCAUGACUUUUCAAAUUUUGAUCAGGCUAAAUAUAAGAGAAGAUCUCUGAUCUCCCCAGAUUUGGAUAUCUACUCUUCUGGAGAUAAGAUUGGUUCAUCAUUAAGAUGUUAUUCAGAUGAAAGAAUGAAUUAUUCAACACCUUUUUGCAGUUCAUUUAAACACUUAAAUAUGAAUGGCCUAGAUGAUGAACUGGAUUCUUUUCAUGAUUUGAAGAAACAGGAAACAGAAGAAGAGUUAAUUAAGAGCAAUCGUAGAGUUAGUACUUCCCAAAUAACCAAGGAAUCUUUUAAAGACAUAGAGAAAGUUGCCCCGCCAACUAAUGUGGCCUCAUCAAGACCUCGUGCUGAAUGUUGUAGUGAUACCAAUGACAGUCCUUUGAAACAUGUCAGCUAUGCAACAUCUAAAGUAUCAAACAGGCAUAGCAUACUUCCGCAUCAUGUAAAUCAGAUAUAUGAUGAAUUAUUUCAAAUACAUCAGAAGCUACAGUGUGAAACCACAGCACAACAGAAAUUUGCUGAAGAACUUCAAAAGCGAGAAGAGUUUUUAGUAGAAAGAGAACAAUUGCUUUUCAGACAUGAAAAUGCCUUGAGUAAAAUUAAAGGUGUUGAAGAUGAAGUUGUUACAAGAUUUCAAAUUAUAAAGGAGCAACAUAAUGCAGAAGUUGAACAUUUAACUGAAGUUCUCAAGGAAAGGAAUAAAGAAUGCAAGAGAUUGAGAUCAUCUUUCGAUUCACUCAAAGAACUGAAUGAUAAUCUAAAAAAACAAUUAAAUGACGUAGGUGAAGAAAACAAGAAAAUGGAGAUUCAGGCUAAGAGGGUUCAAGCACGUUUAGAUAACUUACAGAGGAAGUAUGAGUUUAUGACAAUACAGAGGCUGAAAGGAAAUUUCCAUUCUACUCAUGAAGUAAAAAGUUUAAAACAAGAAAAAGUACCAGUUUCAAAAACUUUUAAGGGACCAGUUAAUGGACAAGUAUAUGAACUUUUAAUUGUCUUCAUGGACUGGAUAUCAGAUCAUCACCUUAGCAAAGUGAAACUUGAAGAAUCUGGUAUAGAUGGUGAAAAGCCAUUACCCAAGUCUCAGAGAAGUGAUAUUCAAGAGAAAUGUAUAAAGCUUUUACCUUUGAUGACAGAGCAGCUACAGUGGAUGCCAUUUAUCAAUACCAGAUUUCAUGAGCCUUUUGUGAAGUUUAUAUAUUGGUCCCUAAGGCAACUGGAUGCAGGAACACAGCAUUCAACUAUGACAUCAACAUUGAGGAGAUUGGGUGAGGACAUAUUUAAAGGAGUGACAAUUAAAGGAAUUCACGAUACUUCUUUAGAGCAUUCUGUGGAGAACAAACCAAAGACAGCUGCUUUCUUUAAAAGUUCCAGUUUGCAAUUGAGAUUUUUAUCAACCUUAAUUGUUCUCAAAACAGUCACUCAAGCUGAUUAUCUGGCUCAGGCAUUUGAUUCUCUAUGUUUGGACUUGAAGACAGAUGAAGGAAAAUCCUUGUUUUUAGAGUAUCAAGCUGUUCCAGUAAUAUUAGGCCAUCUGAAAAUAUCCAGUAAGGGACUUUUAUCCAAUGUCAUUGAUAGUCUGCUCCAGAUGACAGUAGAAUCUAGAUCCUUGCAGUCUUUCCUGGAAGCCUGUAGCAACGCUUUAUUUUUUCGUACUUGUUCUGUGUUGCUUCGAACCCCUAAGCUUGAUCUUCAAAUCCUAGAAAAGCUCAGUAUUAUUCUACAGAAGCUGUCCAAAAUCAAGAGCAAUAAGAAGCUCUUUGAGCUUUUUACAAUUCAUCUGAUGCUGCAAGAAUUACAAAGGACCACUCAUCCAGAGCAUGCCUUCCUCUGUAUUAACUUGAACUCAACUCUGUUCAAUUUGGGCUUAACAAAGUGCAAUUCCUUUGUCUCCAAUACAAACGAAUAGAUUGGUUUAUUGCCCCAUUAGAUGGGUGUAUAUAUGUAUAUAAAACAGGUGUUAUUUGUAGAAGUGUAAAAAGUCACCACAGUAACAGAUUCUCCCAAGUAGAAUAGAAUCAUCUAUCAUGAAAGAUAACUGGCAUUUUUUUCAUCUUUGUAAAUGGAAUCUAUAAGCUAUGAAAGUUUUAUGUACAAGAUGACAGAUGACAUUUUCAGAAUUUAUGACAUUGGGGUUGGGAUACUUUUUAUAAAAGUACUCUAGGAAAGCUUUAUUAAAAUUAUGUGACAAUUUGAAAUAAAUUGGUUGCUUAUG